AUGCUCUCUGUCAGUGAUCCUACAUCACGAGUGGCCACCCAGCUGUACUGGCCUGUAACCCACCCUGCUUUGAGUAAAAAUGAGCCUUACAGUCAGGGGGAGUACAAUGUUUACAGCACUUUCCAGAGCCAUGAACCUGAAUUUGAUUAUUUGAAAAGCUUGGAGAUAGAGGAAAAAAUAAACAAGAUCAAGUGGUUACCACAGCAAAAUGCAGCCCACUCGCUUUUAUCAACAAAUGAUAAAACUAUCAAGCUAUGGAAAAUUACUGAAAGAGAUAAGAGACCGGAGGGGUACAACUUAAAAGAUGAAGAAGGAAAGCUCAAAGAUCUUUCUACAGUAACAUCACUACAGGUGCCUGUAUUGAAACCUAUGGAUUUGAUGGUAGAAGUCACUCCCCGGAGAAUCUUUGCUAAUGGUCACACCUAUCAUGUCAACUCAAUAUCUGUCAACAGUGACUGUGAGACAUACAUGUCAGCGGAUGAUCUCAGGAUUAACCUCUGGCAUUUAGCAAUCACUGACAGGAGCUUCAACAUUGUAGAUAUAAAGCCAGCCAAUAUGGAGGACCUGACGGAAGUGAUCACGGCCUCUGAGUUUCAUCCCCACCACUGCAACCUCUUUGUCUACAGCAGCAGCAAAGGCUCCUUGAGGCUCUGCGACAUGAGGGCCUCGGCCCUCUGUGACAAACAUUCCAAGCUUUACGAAGAACCAGAAGACCCCAGUAACAGAUCGUUUUUUUCAGAAAUUAUCUCUUCAGUGUCAGAUGUCAAAUUCAGUCACAGUGGUAGAUACAUGCUGACGAGGGAUUACCUCACUGUCAAAGUUUGGGAUCUGAACAUGGAAACCAAGCCCGUAGAAACGUACCAGGUCCAUGAUUACCUUAGGAGCAAGCUGUGUUCCCUCUAUGAGAACGACUGCAUCUUUGACAAGUUUGAAUGUGCGUGGAAUGGAUCCGACAGCGUGAUCAUGACGGGCGCCUACAACAACUUCUUCCGCAUGUUUGACCGGAACACCAAGCGGGACGUGACGCUGGAGGCGUCGCGCGAGAGCAGCAAGCCCCGCGCCAUCCUCAAGCCGCGGCGGGUCUGCGUCGGGGGCAAGCGCAGGAAAGACGACAUCAGCGUCGACAGUUUGGACUUUACCAAGAAGAUCUUGCACACGGCGUGGCACCCCACCGAGAACAUCAUUGCUAUAGCAGCGACAAACAAUCUGUACAUAUUUCAGGAUAAAGUGAACUCGGAAAUGCACUAGGUUUAUCAGUAUCCCUCCAAUUUACAGACCAGCCUCUUGAGAGUUGUAGGAGGAGGCGAUCGUCACAAAAAUGGCGGCUCCUGUGGUGGCGUUUGUGGGCCGCGUCCUCCCAGCCCGCGGCCUGCGCUAGCGUUGCCGGCAAGCCGAGCGUUUUCCAUGGCCACAACCACCAUGCAAGCCAAGGGCACGACCGCGAGUGCAGUGCUGCGGCCUGGGCCGGAUCCGGGGAAUCCGCUCGGGGAGUCCCGGCAGGGCUGAGCCCUCCCAGGGCCUCGUGCUCCGCAGGGCAGCGGGGGCCGCGCGUCUUGCAGGCCGCAGCAUUUACCACAUUGUUAGAGCUUUUUGCCUCAGUCUCUUGUUUUUUUUUUAUUUUUUUAAAUAGCGUUUUCCCUGUCGUUAAUCAAGCCAGACCUACCUGAGAGGGAAUGAGUAGCCACAUCCCCUUCUGGCACGCGCCGCACCAGAAGGGCCUCUCCCAGCGCUAAGACGGGACACGAAAUUCUAGCUGUUGGUCCUGCUGCAAACUGCCCCGUCUCACGUGUCCCACAGCUCCUCACAACUUUGUGCUUCGGUUUUCUGAGUGAAGAGAGGACAAACUGAUGGUAGCUUCUAGUCAGUUUAUUGUGCAAAGUUCAUUCUCCAGAUGUCUCUUUGCUCUGGUUAAAACAACUAAUAACUUUAUCAUGUGGAGGACAAAUUAAAUAGUUGGCCUGGCUGGGCCACCACUCCUGGCUGCUCAAGUACAACAUAGCAGGUUAAACACUGAAUCCCCACUGGGAUGAGGGCUGGAGGUUUCCCUGUCUAGGCUAAACUGAUGUCUGGAAGGGCAAAUAUUGGCCUAAAAGAGAGCAAAAAGUCAAGUCACUGCUCAGAAAAUCCCUCGUUUGUUCAUAUGUUUAUGUAUGUAAAUUAGGCAAAGGCUGGAGGGUGAAAAUACUCCUGGAAAAAUGAGAAGAAAAAAAAUCCAAGCCAAACAAACCCUCUUCCACAUAAAUACAUUUAGACUUUUCUCCAUUUUCAGUGAAUAGUGAUGCAAAUGGAAAAUGAAAAUACAUGCAUUUGCUGUACUUCAUGUGGGAAGCAUAUGGGAAGCAUAUAGGAAGGAAGUACUUAAUCCAGGGGGAAAAAAAUAUUAAAAAAUAAAUAAAAGAAAAACCUGCCUGCAGCCAUCUGAUACUGCUUGCAGAAAAAUGAAUGUCCCAAAGUAUUUGUUCCCAAAUGAUGAAUAAAAAGAGCACAAUUCAGAUGACCUGUUAAUCUGCCCUUAUUAAAACAUCUCAGAAAAAAUAAUCUUUAAGCCAUUAUGCACCAGUUUAUUUGGUAAGUGGAGAAUGUACUGGUAAAUGGAUCUGCAUGCUUUUAUAUUUUGGUUUGGGGGGAAGGGUGGGUGAGAAAUCUGCUUACAAGAACUAAAAAACAAAGCCUAAAGCUCUUUUAUAUUACAUCUUAACACAACACAUGAAAUCUGUACGUUUGAAGUUUUCUAGAUCAACGCUGUAUAUUUUGUGUGUAGAAGCACAAACGCAUGUGCAUCAGUUUCCAGCCAUACUAAACACAUAUGGUAUGAAAUGUGUAGGUUAAUUUUAAAGAGAAUGAGGAAUGUUUGUUUAUAAGAUACUGUGUGCUCUAGAAAGCAUGGACAGUAUUAUAUGUACAUAUUUAUUCUAAUGAAAUUUAACAAAAUUGCUUUUUUUUCUUUUUCCUUGUAAAAAGGUUUAAGAAUGUGGUAAAUUGUAUAGAAAUCUUGUUAAUGCCAAACUACUGCUUAAAGGAUGUCAUACAAUUUCUUUGACUUUUGGCCUCUUCCAUUAACCUUUGCAGCUCAAAAAAAAUUUAAAAAGAAAAAAAAAAAGCUAUCAGCUCAUAUUGGCAUUUACAGCUAGAAGUACUGUAAAACAUAUAUUUAGCUUUUAACAUUCUCAAGUAAGAUUCUAUAGAUAACUUAUUAUAAAGCAGAUCUUAAUACAACAUUUUUGUUUUGUUUUCAUUUUGCGUACCUUACUCUGUUUCAGCUUUGGGUACCAAAAAGGUCGUGAUUAAAUUAAAUAAAUAAAUAUAUCUUUGGAGCUUUAUAAAACUAUUGAAAUACCCAACCAAAAUACCACGAAGAAGUGAUUCUAGAGGAAAUAAAUAGUAAUCUCUCAAAGACCAGUAUUGCAUUCAUGUCUUUGACAUCACUACUGGAGUUCAGUUUCCUGGUCUUCUUGAAUGUAUGGAAAGGUAACAUCGUCAUUGUGAACGUUUCCAACUUCCUUUCUCUUUUUUAGUUUGAGCUUUCAGUGGCGUAGAGUAAGUGAUGGUAAAGUUGGUAAAUCUGAUUGUUUUGAAA